UCAGAUCAGAUCAGAUGGAGACGAAGAAGCCAUGCUUGAAUAUUGUAAUGGUCCCAUGGCUAGCCCAUGGCCAUAUCUCUCCUUACUUAGAGCUUGCCAAAAGGCUUUCCAACAAAAACCUCCAAAUCUAUCUAUGUUCAACUCCGAUCAAUCUGAGUUCUAUCAAGAAAAGGGUCAGCUCGAAAUACUCUCAAUCGAUCAAACUCAUCGAACUCCAUAUCCCAUCUCAACCAGACCUUCCUGAUCCCAGUUUCCACACAACAAAUGGUCUCCCACUUCACCUCAACUCAGUUCUCAAAAGAGCCAUGGACAUGGCCAGCCCAAAUUUCACUGAAAUCAUUAAAACCCUCAACCCGGACAUAAUCAUUUACGACUUCAACCAACAAUGGGCCUCAACCGCCGCAGCAUCAAUUGGGAUACCAGCAGUUCAAUUCAUCAGCACCAGCGCUUCCAUCAUCUGUUAUUUCCUCCAUAAAUUCAGGAGGGCCGACGUGGAUUUCCCUUGUGAUCGUCCUUCCAUCAACCUUGGAAUUUACUGGAAUAGAAAACUUGAAGAAAUCAUUAACUCAAGUUCAAAUGAUCGUGUCCAAAGUGGAAGUGGUGGAGUUCAUGCAACCUUGAGUAGAUCAUGUGACAUAAUGUUCAUGAAGACAUUCGGAGAAAUUGAAGGGAAAUAUAUAGAGUACGUAUCAGAAUUGUUAGGGCAAAGGAUAGUUCCGACAGGUCCAUUGGUUCAAGAACCAAAAGAGGGGGAAGAUAACAACGAGAUCAUGGAGUGGCUCAACAAGAAAGAGAAAUCAUCAACAAUGUUCGUGUCAUUUGGAACAGAGUACUUUCUAUCGAGAAAUGAAAGGGAGGAAAUAGCAAAAGGGUUGGAGCUAAGCAUGGUGAAUUUCAUUUGGGUGCUUAGAUUUUCUCUUGAGGAGAAGAUUUCAAUUGAAGAAGCCCUACCCAAUGGCUUCCUUAAAAGAGUAGGAGAUAGAGGACUUGUAGUUGAGAAAUGGGCUCCGCAAGCUAGAAUCUUGGUGCACCCAAAUGUUGGAGGAUUUGUAAGCCAUUGUGGGUGGGGUUCUACAAUUGAGGCUAUGUCAUUUGGAGUCCCAAUUGUGGCUAUACCCAUGAACUUAGACCAACCAGUGAAUGCAAGGCUAGUGGAGGAAAUCGGUGUGGGGUUGGAAGUAAAUAGAGAUGAGAAUGGAGGGCUUAGUGGGGAAGAGAUUUCAAACUUCAUAAGGGAAGUCAUACUUGGUGAUGAAGAUGGGAAGAAGAUUAGGGAUAAAGCAAGAGAAAUGAAAGAAAAAAUCAAAAGUAAAGGAGAAGAAGAUAUUGAUGGUGUUGUCCAAGAAUUGUUCAAACUAGUUUUCAAGAAGAAUUGAGCCAUUUUUAUUUGUUAUGAUUCAUAAUUAUCCUAUUUUUGUUAUUUGAACUAUCAAUAAUAGUCGUAUUACCAUAUCGAAAAAUGUAUUGAUU